UCAGGAAACUAAGUGUUGCUAUAAAUACAUCCGAGCAAAAGGGCUAUAGCUGGUGAAAGCUAAUGUAGUCUUAGUUGACGAGCAGACGAGUUUCGCUUGAGCUUGAGACGCCAAAAGGAAAUAUUUGGGCAAAAAGAUGCUCCUUGUCAGGUGAUUUCGUGCUUUUUUUUGAGGAUACGCCACCAUGGAAGAACUCGUCUCAAGGGCUGAAUUGGAACAUUCUGAAUCCCUGCCGUCAUACGAGGUGUUGAUUCUUCACACUGCUGAGGCACAGGAAUGGGCCUCGUACUUGGAGCAGAUCUUGAAAUCCUCUCGAAAGUUCCCCAAACGGUCCAUUUUGCUCUACGCCAUCAGCUCAGCCGAUCAGCUCCACGGAUACAACUUCGAGUGCUUCCAACGGUGCAAGUGCAUCGUUCUGCUCCUGUCGGGCGUCUUCUUCGACAUCCUCUAUGACCAUGAACUGAAUGGGGCGCUUCAGAGCCUCCUUUACCCUCCACACAGAGUGGUGGUGCUGCUGUGCGGCGUAUCGGAAGAGCCCAUAUUGACUGAGAGCUUCCAAGACUGGCCCAUCUGGAGAAAACUCCAUGCCGACGAUGAGCCCCCGCUUUACGUUUCCACCAUUUUGGAAUCAAUUGCUGAGAGUAGACAGGUGGAGGCUGAAUAUGAGAGAGAAGCUGCAGCCGCUGCCGCUGCUGCUGCUGCUGCUGCUGCUGCAGAAGAACAAGAACAAGAACAAGCUUCAGCUUCCAUGUUCCACAUCAUCGAAGACACUUCUCCUGAAGAUCCCACCAUUGAUGAGGCAGAGGAAACGGUGCCAGAGGAGGAGCAAAACGAAACUGUCCUGGAGAAUGAAGAGCCUGUGAGCACAGGGAACUCAACACCCGGAGAAAUGAGUUCACCCACGGACAUCACGUGUCUCACCGUUCAACCGAACAGAGUCCUGUGUGGGGAACAGGAGACACUUUAUAUCAUCUUCACACACAAAGUAGACAAUCAGACGACACCAGAGGUGGAGUUUUCAUCUUGACAACAAUGGUCUGUGAAAAGGUGCAGCACGUGAAAAUCUGAAGCCUUUUUUUUUUUCCAUUUUUAUCGGAACAAUCUGCUUGUAGAUAUGCCCGUCGGAAUGGUAUCACUGACGAUGCACACUGACCAGUCAUGUGUCAGCUUAAGCCCGGUGACGUAUUACACCCACAUGGGAGAAGUCAGUCGAUGUCUCGAAAACGCAGCCGAUCCUGUGAACUUCCUCUGUCAGGCUUUCAACUUGACAUCCAAUGCAGCCGAAUCAUUGGACGACCUGCUAACUGACUCGUUCAAAUCCAGGAUGGCUGAGAAUAAUCUUCAGCUGUUCGGCAUCAGACAGAUAGAGAACGAAAACAUGUCGACAUAUCAGCGGAGUGAGGAGCUUCCCACUUUACUCCACUUUGCAGCCAAGUACGGCCUGAAGAAGCUGACCGACGCCCUCCUUCAGUGCCCGGGGGCUCUGCAGGCCUACAGUGUCAUGAACAAGGAUGGAGAUUACCCAAACACGCUAGCAGAGAAGAGCGGCUACCCAGAACUCAGAGAGUACAUCGACGAAGUUGUUCUGAGUCCAGAGACAGCAAACGUGGUCGAAACUCCCUUAGAGGACACCAUCGACGCAGGCGAUACUAUAGAGAUAUAUGAGGCGAUGUCUACCUCUCAAGAUAUGAUCAUCAAGUACUCAGAUUGCUCCGAGGACAUAUAUGAGUCGAUGUUGGAGAUCGACCCCGAUUGUGCUGAGGACCUAUAUGAGGAGAUGAACGCAUUAGAUGAGAAUCGUGAAGAAGUGAUGCUUAGGAAAUUCUUCCAAGCGAAACCACGCGAAAGUCAAGUACCGCCACCCGCACAAUGGAAAAGCGAUGAGGAGGAAGAAGUUGAGCAUGAAAACUUUAAUGAGAUUGAGGAAGAGGAGGAUCCGUACAACCUUUGUCCAGAGGACAUCUAUGAUACCGUGGAUGAGAAUAACACCUACAAGCCGUCGAUCCUGAACCGUCCGCCAGCCCCCAUCCCCAGACCUGAUCACAAAACUGAACCUGAAAGGCCUAUGACCUACAUCUCUAGAGUAUUUUCAGAUAAAGGUGAGCCAGAGAGUAAAAGACUGGGAUCGGAGUAUCUUGCAGCUCGGCCUGCGAUGGAAGCACCCACACCAGCUCAUGACCCCUACGCCGGGAUGAAGACCCCCGGUCAGAGGCAGCUCAUAUCCCUGCAGGAGAGGGUGAAAGUCGGGGAAAUUACCGUGGACGAGGCCGUGCAAGAGUUCAAGGCUUGGCAGUUUGACCACGAGAGUAGGGCACACUCAAUCCGCUUUCAGCAGGACAAUCUGAAGAAAUUACGAGACAGCAUCACCAGGCGCCACAAAGAAAGAGACAAGACGGGAAAAGAAUUAGGUUGUGAGAUAAGCGCUCCGAUGCAGAGGAACUUAUACUGGGGCUCCACCAUGACGUUAGAAUGUGCUGUUUACGAGUCGGCGCCCAGAGUUGCAGCGCUGCCUCCGCCGCCGGUUCAGAUGAUCCAGAGAGGAGGCUGGAAGACGGGGAGCACCUCCAGCACAUCUAGUACUGAGAGCAACAGACUGAGCACCCACAGCAACUUUAGCCUCAGCAGCGGGACAGAGCCCGACUUUGAGGACUCACUAGAAAAUCCUCCCCCUCCGCCGCGACCCCCACCUCGACCAUCUGAUGGUGGACCCAACAUUCCUCCUCCUAGGAUUCCUCCUCGGAUCCCAGAAAGGGUGCCAGAAAUGGUGCACGAGCGCUACAUAUCCUGCCCGACGCGAGCACUUCCUCAAAGACCCUCUUACAGACAAACAGACUCAGCGCCUCCCUUACCUCGGCGAAUCCGGUGACUGCAACGUGUUCGUCCCCUCGCUGGUUUGUAAAGUCGUGGCUUUAUUUCUAUGUAGGGAUCGGAGGGGAGAAAAUAAAUGCGCGUACCUCUGUAAACGGCCGUCGGGAUUUAAAAAGACGAACCCAGACAAGCAAGAAGACAGUAUCUUAUUUUUGUUUCUUGCUCUUUUUUUUUUUAAUUUUAUGCAUUGGUUCAUCUAAUUCUCUCUGCACCCUUAAUAUUUCAUUGUAUGUGUGAGUGUGUGUAUUUGUGUGAGUGAGUAUGUAAUAGGAUGUAUGCGUUAUGUUACUGUAAAAACAUUAAUUUCACUUGAAUGUUCACCGUGACUAUGAUAAUUAUAAUGUAUUCUAAUAAAAAUUUCUUCUAACA